AAAUAAGCAAGAUUAUUGCAGAAAAUUAAUAUAAACGUAGUUCUUAUCGAAAUUGUAGAAAUGUCUUUUCAGUCGUGAAAAAUAUGACGAGGCGGGAAUUUAUCGCACUGGAUGGUGGCUGGGGCUGGUUGAUAGUAUGCGGCGCUGGAUUGAGUUCUAUGUUCAUAGUACCGGUGUCGCAAGUCUUCAGUAUGAUAUACGGAAAUAAGUUCGAGGAACUAGGAAUAUCGGCAACGGAGAUGUCCAUCAUCAUGAACGUCAAUCAGGCAUUCGGGAUGAUACUGGCUUUAGCGAAUGUACCAUUGUUACGUAACUAUGGUUAUCGAAAGAUCGCCGUAAUCGGGCAGCUUCUCUAUUCGUCCGGCAUAAUCUUGACCUCCUUUGCUACGUGCUUCAUCCACUUUAUUAUUACGUAUGGAAUGAUUACUUCCUUAGGAUCAACAAUGAGUUUCUCUGCCAAUAUGUUGGCUGUAAAUACGUACUUCAAUGAGAAAAGAGGCCAAGCUGUUGGUGUAUACAUGCUUGUUGCCGGAUUGGGUCAAAUUUUCGUGCCGCAUGUAAUUUCGUUAAUAUUAUCAAUUUAUAAUAGCGAGGGAACGAUGUUAAUAUUGGGCGGUAUGACUUUGAAUCAUAUUAUUGGCGCACUUUUGCUACAUCCGAUAGAAUGGCACGCAAAGCGAGUAAACAAUGCUGAAAACAAGUCAGAAAGUAUUAAAACAAUUGGUGACGAUGCUAACAUAAACCAUCAAAUGCGUAAGCUAUCGAUCCUAGGAUUGCGAAGCGAGGAUGUAAAAAAAUCGAGUGCCCCUCGAGCCAAAAAUAAAUUCCUACUGAUGGGCAUGAUCCAACAAGUGGCAAUGAUACUCGAUCUGGAAUUGCUUCGCGACACCGUCUACAUGACAACAUUCACCUGCUUAUCGUUCGUCUUAUUCGUCGAGCUGAACUUCAAUGUCCUAAUGCCUCUGAUCCUGGACGAGCUGAGAUUCGACAUGAACAGCAUCGCGACGAUGCUGAGCGUGUUGGGAAUCGCUGACCUGGUGUUCCGGGGUCUGGCGCCGUAUAUCGGCGAGUGGCUCCGACAGCCCCCCAUGGCCAUGCUCUUCUUCAGUCUCGUGAUAAACCUGAUCUCGAGAAUGGCAUUAAUAUUCACACAGACGUACGUUGCCACAUUAAUUGUGUCGAUUUCUUUAGGUGUUGCUAAAGGUUUCAGAAUUGUAUAUAUGAAUAUUUUGAUAUCAACUUCCGCUCCUCUCGAGAAAUUUGCAGCAGCCUCGAGUAUUCAGAACUUAGGGAAUGGAUGCAUUAUGCUAAUUGCAAGUCCAGUCUUAGGUUUAAUAAAGGAUAUUGCUGGAAGUUAUAUAUUAUGCAUAAUAUUUUUAAAUAUUAUAACUUUACUAAUCUUGAUAAUGCUGUUGGGAUUAUUUGCAACUAAAUAUAUUAAGAAUCGAAAAAAGCUGAAUACAUUUUAUGAAUUGGAGCACGUGUGUAAAAAAUGUGAUUUCAAUUGUCAAUGAUGCCGUAAUUAAAAUUUGA